UACAAACCGGAGUGACUGAUAAGGAGCAGCAUAGCGAUAAGGCAGCGCCCGAGUGCCGGUAGUCCAGCGUGCUGGCCGCUGUCUAAUAGUCAGUGUUGCUUGCGAGGGCCACGGUGCCACACGUUCCAGAAAGAGCAGGGGGAGCGAGGAAGUGUGGCGGUUCGCUCUUGCAAUCAAUCGUCCAUGUUGCAAAGAUGUGCGUUGCUUGGAGCAGAGGCUGGAGGCAGGUGACCGUCUGCGCUUCGCUCGGCUUCGCGCUCUUCGUCGUCGUGCACCUGAUUGUCCCGCGGUGGCAGGAUGAGGUGGAGUUCAGCAGCCGCAUCCACUGGCGCCCGCCCUCCCAGGCACUGGAGGGGGAGGUCCAAGGGCAAGGCACACUUGAGUGGAAAGAGAGUGACCUCGUGAAGGCAAUGAAGGAGAGCGUGAAGACGAAUGAACAAACAGAAUCUCUCGGGCCGAAGGAGAGGAACGACAACCUGCAGCGCCGCCUUCAGGAGACGUGCAAGACGCUCAACAUCACCCUGCCCGUCACACAAAACAUGCUCAGCCACAUGCACUUUGACCAUAAACGCAAACUCAUCUAUUGCUACGUGCCAAAGGUGGCGUGCACCAGCUGGAAGAGAGUCUGGAUGAAGAUGAUUGGAAAGGUCUCACCUGACAAGGACCUGAGCACGAUCGGCAGGUACACCGUGCACACCUCCGUCCCCAGCUUGGCCUCUCAGAAGGCGAUGGUCGACGAGGCGCUCGCGACGUACAAAAAGUUCCUUUUCGUCAGACAUCCUUUCGACCGCGUCCUGUCGGCCUUCAAGGAUAAGCUCGAGAGCACCGAUAAGACGAGUGUCUACGACUUCCAUAAGGAGAUCGGAGCUAAGAUACAGAAGAAGUACAGAACCGAAGGGGCCUCUCCAGAGGGGCACAACACGACCUUCUCCGAGUUCAUCCGCUUCAUCUCGGAGCCUGGCCGCGGCACCUUCGAGCAGAGGAACGAGCACUGGCUGUCCGUUCACGAAAUAUGCAACCCGUGCGCCGUCAAGUACGACUUCGUAGGCAAGUACGAGGACCUUAAGGAGGAUGCUAAUUACGUGCUGGACUGGAUGGGUGUCACGGACCUGGUGAAGGCUUUCCCCGCGUCCGACCGGCCGUUCUUCGCGCGCCGCUAUGACCCCAAGUACUUCAACCAGCUCAGCCACAGCGACAAGAUGGCCUUCUUCACCAAGUAUCUCGCGGAUUUUGUGGCCUUCGGUUAUGACUUUGUCUGACCCAAGAGGAUUUCGUGUGUAUUUGGAUAUGUUGUAACAAAUUAGCAAAAAGAAAAAAAUUGUGUGUUCAUAUGUGUACUUGUGCAGUUGUUUAGAUACGAGAGAGAGACCUGAGCUCAGAAGAACCAUCCACUAUAUUUUGAACAGAUGUAUAUUUCUGAUACUUUUGAUAUUUCACGGAAGGUUGUUCCUCAGUGCAGAGUUGCCUUUGGAAAACUGAAUUUCUUUGUAUCCUUAACUCCACGCUUUGUUUUUAUUUUUCUGUCUGAUCUUAUAGUUUACCUUUGAUCGAAAAUUGUCUCUUGUUUGGUCAUUGCUCUCGAGACAUGCAUGGAGGCUAGUCAGGCCCACUGUUCAUCUUUCCUUCUUUCCCUCAGUGUUUUAUUUUCUUAGGUCUUUCUUCGUAGUUCAAGUCCUUUAAAGGAAGUGCCCGUCCAAUGGCUGCUCUUUGUCCACAGCAGCGCCCUCUGGAGUAAGCAUGUGAUGACUGUGAUGAUUUUCUUACCAAUAGUUUCACUUUGUAUACUUGACUAGCCUCUUCUUCAUUUGUGCGAUAUCUGUUUUUAACUUGUUCUUUUGUGUGAACCUCUUGGUACAAGUUCAUGUUAAUAACUUUUUUUUAACGGAUUGUACCUACUUGUACUUGCAUAGAGGUCGGUUUUGACUAUAGUACAUUUGUGUGUGUGUGUGUGUGUGUGUGUAUGUGUGUGUGUGUGUGUGUGUGUGUGUGUGUGUGUGUGUGUGUGUGUGUGUGUGUGUGUGUGUGUGUGUGUGUGUGUGUGUGUGUGUGUGUGUGUGUGUGUGUGCAUGUGUUUCUUUAUAGUGUAAAUUCAGUUCUAUAAAUGAUAAUAUGCAAACCAUUAUUACACCGGUGGGCCUUCUAGAUUUAAGCGAAGCAGUCAUUCUGCGUGUGAUUAAAAAGAUUAUUUAUAUGACUAUAGUGUUUGUACUUAAAAGUGACAAUUCAUUUGUUCAAUCCAUCGAACAGCGUUUUGUGUAUAUCUCCUAUAA